AUGGCGCUCCAGGCCCGGGCUCUGGUCUCCUCCGGGUGGCUUGCCGAGGCCGUCAAGGCGCAGAGGAAAAUGCGCAUUUUGGACACUUCGUGGUAUUUGCCCAAACUGCGGCGCAACGCCAAGAGCGAGUUCAAAAAGAGGCAAAUCCCGGGCGCAGCUUUCUUUGACAUAGACCAGUGCUGUGAUAAAACGUCUCCUCUGGACCACAUGCUGCCAUCCGAGGACGUCUUUGCGGAUUAUGUGGGUAACUUGGGGAUUGAGAAGGACACGCACGUCGUGGUUUACGACGCAAGUGACUUCGGUGCGUUCUCCGCGCCCCGGGUGUGGUGGAUGUUCCGGGUGUUCGGGCACAGCGCCGUCUCGUUGCUCAAUGGCGGGCUCAGGACCUGGGAGCGGGAGGGUCUGCCGGUGAGCGACCGGCACGUCAGACCAAAGCCAGCCGAGUUUAAAGCCUCCCUGAACCGCUCCUGGGUCAAGACUUACGAGGACAUCCUGGACAACCUGGAGACCAACAAGUUCCAGGUGGUGGACGCCCGGCCGACAGGCAGGUUCCGAGGACUGGACCCGGAGCCAAGAGACAACACGGAGCCCGGCCACAUCCCCAGCUCCGUCAGCAUGCCCUUCAACUCCUUCCUGUCUCCCUCGGGUCACUUCCUGCCCCAGGAGGGUCUGCGGGCCCUGUUCUCCCGGGCCGGCGUCGACCUCGGCCGCCCCAUCUGCGUCUCGUGUGGCUCGGCCGUGACGGCGUGCCACGUGGCGCUGGCGGCUCACGAGUGCGGGCACCCGGGGGUGUACGUGUACGACGGCGGCUGGUCGGAGUGGUACACCCGCGCUGUGCCUGAGCACGUCAUAUCAGAGGGGCGAGGGAAGCACCUGUGACGGGCUGGAGGACGGCAGGAGGGACGGCUCGUGGAUACUAACUUGUCACUGGCUGAACGAGGUGAUGACAAUUCAAACAGGUGGUGAUGGUGGUGACCUGGUUGUGUUUGGUGAAGAGGCUCUGUGGUUCAGUGUGUGAUCCAAACACACACAGGUGAAUUUCCACCGCCGCUUAAACAUUAAACCAUCGAGUGGAGAGUGUUUUCUCCCCAAAGUUGACUCAUAAAACUUGAUAUAAAGAGCAGCAAUAAUGUGAGUAUUAAAAUCCAUGGAUUUAGAUGUAAAAGGGUUGUGCUGUUUAUACUGGAAGGAAACACAGCUGCCUUUUGAACAGCAGUUAAUAUCGAUAAUAUAGUUAAGAGCCGCACAAAGUUCGUUUUCCGUGUGCAAGUCACUUGAUACGUGUGAAUUAUUAUUGUUUAGUGUUAUUGUGUUAUUACUGAUCUGAGACAAGCGCUUUGGCUUUGAGGUUGGAUGUUGGACUUUGGACCUU